GCAGCCUCCUCUUCCGAGGGGAAGUCCUUCUGCAGAAACGAAAGUGAGACGGAGCCGUUGCACCCAGCUCGCCCGCCGCAGGGGGUGCCACCUGACCCCGCUACCGAGGCGCCCCGGUGUCCGCGACGGGGAGGCCGGGCCGUGGGGAGGGGCCGCCUCCGGGAGGGUCGCCCGCGCAGGGACAUGGCUCGGGGGCGCCUUGGGCCGGAGGCAGGGGUGUUCCUGCCACAGAUACCGCCCCAUCCAGUUCCAGGCUAUGAGUACAGCCAGCUCAGACACCAGCAGCAGCCCGGGCCAGAUAGUUUCCAGCUCCAGCAAAUACAGUUUCUCACGGGGCAGCUCCCAGAAGCGCCCGUAAUUGGAAAGCAGACACCCUCACUGCCGCUGUUCCUCCCUGAACUCUUGCCAAGGUUUCCAAGACCAUCUGCCAGAAGCAGGCAACUGGAGAUCGGGGGUGUCCCCAGGAGUCUGCCUCUCGGAGAUCAGGUGCUCCGGAGAGGGCUCCAGCAUCCUUCCCCACGUGGCAGGAGUCUGCCAUGGAGAGGUGUUGAUAGGCUUUCCUCCUGGUUCCAGGCUCUGAAUAUCAGCCAGGAUCAGGAACAGAAGAUCUUAGAGCUCCUGCAGGAGCUUGGGGAAGGGAAGGCCACCACAGCACAUGAUCUGGCUGGGAAGCUCAGAGCCCCAAAGAAGGAGGUCAAUCGAAUUCUGUACUCUCUGGCAAAGAAGGGCAAGCUACAUCAGGAGGCAGGAACGCCCCCUUUGUGGAGAAUUGCGGUCUCGGUUCAGGCUUGGAACCAGCCCUGCCAAGUAGCAAGAGCACAGAGUCACAGCCAGGAAACUGCCAACUCAGACCCCAGUUUGGAAACUGAAUACGAAAGCCCCACACCUGGCUUGGAAGAUCCUUUUGACAUGGCUGAGAUUAAGGAGAAAAUCUGCGACUAUCUGUUUAAAGUAAUCAAUUCCUCUGCCCUGAACUUGGCAAAAAAUAUAGGCCUUACCAAGGCCCGAGAUGUAAAUGCCGUGCUGAUCGCCUUGGAAAGGCAGGGGGAUGUCUACAGGCAAGGGACAACCCCUCCCAUAUGGUAUUUGACUGACAAGAAGCGAGAGCGGCUACAAAUCAAGAGAAAUACACACAGUGUUUCGGAAACCACUACAGCUGCUCUUCCAGAGACCAAGAGAAACACAGAGCCCCCUACCUGUGACCUACCCGGCCCAGAUGCCUCAGCCAGUGCCGUAACCAUGGAAAAAGUGGAGAAUGGGCAGGAACCUUCCCCUGUCGUGAAGUCAGAAAGUCGGCAAGAGGCCACACCAGAACCAAUGAAACUGAAACCACCUGUUCAUGACAAUGGCCCCUCAAAAACAGGGUAUGUUGACUUUGAAAAUGGCCAGUGGGCCACUGAUGACAUCCCAGAUGACUUGAAUAGUAUCCACGCAGCACCAGGUGAGUUCCGAGCCAUCAUGGAGAUGCCCUCCUUCUACAGUCAUGGCUUGCCACGGUGUUCACCCUACAAGAAACUGACAGAGUGCCAGCUGAAGAACCCCAUCAGCGGGCUGUUAGAGUAUGCUCAGUUCGCUAGUCAGACCUGUGAGUUCAACCUGAUAGAGCAGAGUGGACCACCCCAUGAACCUCGAUUUAAAUUCCAAGUUGUCAUCAGUGGCCGAGAGUUUCCCCCAGCUGAAGCUGGCAGCAAGAAAGUGGCCAAGCAGGAUGCCGCUAUGAAGGCCAUGACAGUUCUGCUUGAGGAAGCUAAAGCCAAGGACAGUGGAAGACCCGAAGAGUCAUACUACUACCCCACAGAGAAAGAAUCCGAGAAGACCGCAGAGUCCCAGCUUACCACCCCGUCAGCAACAUCCUUCUUUUCUGGGAAGAACCCCGUCACUACCUUGCUUGAGUGUGUGCACAAGUUGGGGAGCUCCUGUGAAUUCCGCCUCCUAUCCAGAGAAGGCCCUGCCCAUGACCCCAAGUACAUCUCUUGUAUCAUGUAUCUCUGCUUGGAGUAUGCCCGCUCCCACGGCUUUGCUGCCGAGUUCAAGUUGGUUGACCAGUCCGGACCUCCUCACGAGCCCAAGUUUGUUUACCAAGCGAAAGUUGGGGGUCGGUGGUUCCCAGCCGUCUGCGCGCACAGCAAGAAGCAAGGCAAGCAGGACGCGGCAGAUGCGGCUCUCCGCGUCUUGAUUGGGGAGAACGAGAAGGCAGAGCGCAUGGGUUUCACAGAGCUUCCUCUCACUGGCAGCACCUUCCACGACCAGGUAGCCAUGCUGAGCCACCGGUGCUUCAAUGCUCUCACCAACAGUUUCCAGCCCUCCCUGCUUGGCCGCAAGAUCCUGGCAGCCAUCAUCAUGAAGAAAGACUCUGAAGACCUGGGGGUCGUGGUCAGCCUGGGGACAGGGAAUCGCUGUGUGAAAGGGGAUUCUCUCAGCCUAAAGGGAGAAACCGUCAAUGACUGCCAUGCAGAGAUCAUCUCCCGGAGAGGCUUCAUCAGGUUUCUCUAUAGCGAGUUAAUGAAAUACAAUCCCCAGACUGCAAAGGAUAGUAUAUUUGAGCCUGCGAAGGGAGGAGAAAAGCUCCAAAUCAAAAAGACCGUGUCGUUCCAUCUGUAUAUCAGCACGGCCCCUUGUGGGGAUGGUGCCCUCUUUGACAAGUCCUGCAGCGACCGUGCCGUGGAGAGCACAGAUUCCCGCCACUACCCUGUCUUUGAGAAUCCCAAACAAGGCAAGCUCCGCACCAAGGUGGAGAAUGGGGAAGGCACUAUCCCAGUGGAGUCCAGUGACAUUGUACCAACGUGGGAUGGCAUUCGGCUCGGGGAGAGACUCCGUACCAUGUCCUGUAGUGACAAAAUCCUUCGCUGGAAUGUGCUUGGCCUGCAAGGGGCACUGUUGACCCACUUCCUGCAGCCUGUGUAUCUCAAAUCUGUCACACUAGGUUACCUUUUCAGCCAAGGGCAUCUGACUCGUGCCAUCUGCUGUCGUGUGACAAGAGAUGGGAAUACAUUCGAGGAUGGACUACGACAUCCCUUUAUUGUCAACCACCCCAAGGUCGGCCGAGUCAGUGUAUAUGAUUCCAAGAGGCAGUCCGGGAAGACCAAGGAGACGAGCGUCAACUGGUGUCUGGCUGAUGGCUACGACCUAGAGAUUCUGGAUGGGACCAGGGGCACUGUGGAUGGGCCGCAGAAUGAAUUGUCCCGGGUGUCCAAAAAGAACAUUUUUCUUCUAUUUAAGAAGCUCUGCUCCUUCCGGUGCCGCAGGGAUCUACUUAGACUCUCCUAUGGUGAGGCCAAGAAGGCUGCCCGUGACUACGAGACAGCCAAGAACUACUUCAAGAAAAGCCUGAAGGACAUGGGUUACGGGAAUUGGAUAAGCAAACCCCAGGAGGAGAAGAAUUUUUACCUCUGCCCAGUAUAGUGGGGCCAGUGGCGGGUGGGAUGGGGGUUCCCACCGGGCCGAGACGGGUAGGCAGAGCAUUCCUCGUCUCCUCACCUCAUUAGUUGAGGAUGGUUUUCUUUCUUUCUUUUCUUUUUUUUUAACUGGAACCACAACUGGUCAUACUGAGAACUUUGGGUUCCUAUUUAUCCCGCUUUCUUUGGGAAUACUAGGCCAGGUCCAACCAGGCCCCCUUCUCUUCCCAAGCAAAGAGGUAGAGAACUAAGGGGAGAAAAAAGGGGUCUUCUUUCCAUCCAAAGCGUUAGCAGUCACUGAGGACCUGCCGCCCGAUUCCUCGGCUGUUUCGGUUUUUUCAUUUCCUUCCCCUUUGUGUUCGCUACACUGACCUCUCGUGGUCUUGCUUAGGUUCCAGUCAAUUAAUUGUGUGAAUCAUGUUGGGCCAGAUGCUUUCAUUUGUGGAUUCUACAGGCCCCUCUGCUUCCCCGCCUCCCCCCUUGAGAUUCCUUCCUUGUGAUCGUUAAGUUUCUCCUUCUCCUCCAAGAGGGUAAAGAGGUGAACUUAAAAGAAUUUGGUGAUACAUGAAUAAGGGCAUGAGUUUAAAACUACAGUCAGUCAACUACUGGUGCCAAGCGUGAUCGGAGUCUGCAGACAGUGCUCAGCCAUCUUCGGAUCUUGCACUUUAGCUAGCUUGGGAGGGGCCAGGGGGCUGGGAGGCUGCUACUCAGGAAGUGUGUCCCUCCCCAGGUGGCAGGGAAGGCCAGGACCAGUCUGACCUGGCUAAGGGAAGUGCCCAAGCAGUAGCGGAGCCCUCCCCUCUGGGGGUGACACAGACCACGUCCUGUGGAGCAUAGACAUGCCUUGAAAUGAUGCCAAGCUCCCAGCUGCCCCUCCUAAAGCAUUCCUAGGACUCUAUCCUACCAAUGGGGCACAGCAGGGCUGCAGACCCCAACCAACUGGUAGAAAAAAAUCCAGGGUAAAUCCUAGAGGGCAAAUCAUCUCUGCUCAGAUAAUCAGGACUCAGCAUGAAUAAGGGCAAAUGAUCAUAUUGAGUCAGAUCACUAUUCCCCCCGGUCUGUGUCUCAUGACGGUGACAAGGGAAGUUGACCAAGUCAUGUGUAAAUUAGGAGUUUUUAAAAGAGUGCCAUAAAUGUUGAUUCUGAACUGCUACAGUUAACCUAUAAUUAAUUGCACAGAUUUAAAAAUCAGACAAUUUUCCAUCCAUCCGAGUGCUUUUGUUUAGUCAGACAGCUUCAGAAAGUUGUUCGUGGGCAGGUGACAGUCCUGAGGUCUCCCUCCCUGUCAGGGAAUCUUCGUAGAGUUGACAGACAGCAGUAGCUGUAGGUGGAAGGGCAGGUUGGCCUGAAACUUUGUGAGGUGAGACCUUUUGUCUACACCUCAAACUAACAGUGACUCUUGUGGUCAGAGCCUCUGGCCUCUUUUGGAGUCUGGCUCAGGCCUAAGUCACCAGACACUCUUAAGAGAAGUGCUAGGGCCCUGCCACCUCCAGACCCAAGCCUGCCACUAGAUGAUUCCUCUGUCUCCAUCUGUGAACAUGCCAAGUUAGGGUGGAUGAUUUGCAUCCUCCCCAGGCUCCACAAACUACUGACUAGUUAACCUUCUGUCUGUCCCACAUCUUCUGCAGUAGAUAAAUCCACAUCACACUUCCUGGAACUAUUCCCUCCGUACUUUUGACCAAAACAUAACCAAAAUAAGAAAACCCAGAUUUUUAAAAUACACUAAGGAUGUCCUGGCAGAACACACAAGGGUCUCAAGGAACUAGUAGAGAAACAUGCCUGUCUUCUGGGGGAAGGGAUCUGCGCCACCCCAGUCCUGCAGACCUGCUGCAGGCACAUGAAAUCAGUCCUGCCCCAGGAGGCAGCUCGUCUGCCUGGUUCUUCACACUGGAGGGCACCACCUCCUGACUUCCCGGAAAGUCCUGUCCCUCUGGUCCAUUCUGGGCGUUAGGGUCUCCUGCAUAGCUCCGACUCAGCUGCAUCGCCUUCCCAUGGGAGGAGGUCUCCAAAGAUGAGAGCGCAGCUCGCCCCAGGGCUUUGUCUAGCAAGCCUGCAGCGGUCUGCUCCUGCUACAGGAGGGCAGCAAGGCAUUCCUUACCCACGUGCCGGCUGGAAAUGAGCCUUCGUCAGGCCCUGCACGGCCGCACUCGCCCACGCCCAGUGCCCCUCUACGUGACACAGGAUAGGAGGAGGCAGAGCGCCCACCUAGAGUGUCCUCUUCACUUUUUUGUCCAACCUUUGUUUUUAAUAAGCAGGACCCCUUCUUCUCCCAUCCUUUUUUUUUUAAUGGCCUUUGUAGUUGAUUUGUCUGAACUGUGGCUAUUGUGCAUCCUUUGAAUAAUCACUUGUAAAAAUUGUCGCUGCUUGAAGCUAUUUCCUUUACUCAUGUUGAAGGGACUUUCUUGGCUUUGGGGGUCUCAGCAGUGACCCCACCAGCAGAGCAGGGAAGAGCCCAGGCAAAGACUUGGGUGCCGUGAUGGCUGCAGUCAGUUUUAUGAUUCUGCUUUAUGUGUCUCUUGACAACCGUGACUAACAAUAUACAUUCCUCGUAAAUAAAAGAAGAAUCUUAAUUGUUA